GCGAGGCAACUGGCACCCUAUCUAUCUGAUGAGGCUCUGGCAACAGUCAUCCAGGCCACGGUCACAUCUAGGCUGGACUAUUGCAACGCCCUGUAUGUUGGCCUUCCGAUGUCCACGACCCGAAAGCUCCGUAUUGUUCAGAAUGCGGCAGCCAGGCUACUCACAAGAACACCCAUGAAAUGCCAUAUAACACCAGUGUUGCAUUGGCUUCCAACUGAUUACUGUGGGCUAUAUAAGUUGCUAGUUCUGACCUUUAAAACUCUUUAUGGCCAGGGCCCAUCGUACCUUAGGGACCAUCUCUUUUUCUCCCAUCAUCGGAGGUCGCAACGACCAUCCCAACGUGACUUACUUUAUGUACCGGGUCCUAGAGAAGUGCACUUGGAAAGGACCAGGCGCAGAGCUUUUUCUAUUUCUGCCCCUGCCUUAUGGAAUGCCUUGCCGCCCUAUAUGAGAGCCAUGCGUGAGUUAAGGCCUUUUACCCUAGCACUUAAGACCUGGCUUUUUACUAGAGCCUUUGAUCUAUGUUAAUUUUAUCAAUAUUUGUAUGUAUGUAUUUUUAUCCUUUACAAUUUUAUCUUGUAAAUCGCCUAGAGCAUCUUGGAUGGAGGGUGAUUAAUAAGUAAUUAAAUGAUGAUGAUGAUGAUCUUGAUACAUGGCCCUCAUCAUGUCUCCUCUCAGCCUUCUCUUCUGCAGGCUAAACAUGCCCAGCUCUUCGAGCCUCUCCUCAUAGGGCUUGUUCUCCAGACCCUGGAUCAUUUUUGUCGCCCUCUUCUGGACACAUCUCCCUUCAAUUGCGGUGUCAAUAUCAAUGUAUUUGGUCCUCUAGAUGAGUUUACGUCCUGGUCAUCAGCUAAUCUAGAUGCCCCCCCCCCCCCCCCAAGGAAGAUGUAAACAAGCCCACCAGGAUUGAACCCCAGGCUAUUAUUGUGACUGGGAGAAGCAACGUGGGGCAGCUCCUUCUUCUCUCCACGUGGCUCUCCUCCAGAAGAAUGGGGGAGACCCACCAGAGCCUGAGCUGGGGAUCCCGCUCCCUUGCCUGCCUGCCUCCAUUGACCAGGCGGCCAAUCAGAAGCGAGAGGAUCCCAAGCGAGGAGAGGGGUGGAUCCCUCUCCCAUUGGCUAGAACAGAUCGCUUGGGGAGGAGCAGGAAGAAGGAGAAGGAGAAGCCCAGGAGGAGGAGGAGGGCAAGGCAAAGCAAAGGCCUUGGCGCCCGGUGCUUGGGACUGGAGAGGGGAAGGUGGCCCAAGGAGAGCAGAUCCCGGCCCCGGUCGCAUGGAUCCCGCCACCUCCAGCCUCUGCUGGCCGCCAUUGCCUUGCUUUACUACGGAGCGAGCCUGUUUACACCCGAACCGGAUCAAGCGCAGCUAAACUCCCCGAGUUCCUCCGGUGGGUUCCAUUAGUAUGGUGCCGCAACAGGACCGGAUUUUGUGGGAAACGCUGCCAGGGUGCCUUUAACAGAAUGAGCAGGAGGGCCCCCGAACGCCGCAGCGCUGGCUCCCCGCGCUUGGAAGCUGCGGAAUGACCUCCCUGUUCGUUGGUGGGGACAACGAACAGAAGAUUAAUCUGGGUCCGGUGACGUUUGAGGAUGUGGUCGUCUAUUUCACUAAAGCAGAGUGGGCUCUCUUGAACUGGACACAAAGAGCCCUCUACAAAGAGGUCAUGCAGGAGAAUUACCAAAAUGUGAUGUCGCUGGGCACGUCUCCCAUCUCACAGGCCCCCACUGCCACAGCAAAAGAUACCCAAGAGUCCCAAAGGCAGCGGGCAAAAUUUUGGAGCAAGGAAGAGAUCGGGCUCUUUGUUGACCUCUGGAUCAGCCCAGAGGUGCAAAAUGAACUCCGGAAUAUGUACCACAAUGAGGCCGUCUUCAAUUGGCUCUCCACGGAAAUGGGUCUGCGCGGGUACAACCGUUCGGCCCGCCAGUGCCGCGAGAAGAUGAACGCUCUGAAGAAGAAGUACAAGGAAGUCACCACUCAGAGUAAAGGCUCUGGAGUCGAUCUGAGCGUCAUGCCUUACUACAACAAACUUGCCAUGAUCCUGGAGAAAAGGGACACUACACCGAAGUCUGGUUCAAGCGGUGCUUCUGAGAAAGGACAGUGGCAAAGGCAGUCGAACCUGGCGCUGGCCAGGCAGACCUCCCCACUUGCUCUUGGGACUUCUGGACAGGCCGCAAGAGCACCGUUAACAGCUGCGCCAGUGUUGCGAUCGGCACUGUCCACCACCCAAGGCAAGCCACCCCCUCAGAAGCAGCCUCGCCUUCUGCCAGAUAGUAAGUUUGGCCUCACUCAGGCAUCCCCUACUCCUAGUGGGAGCAUGACUUCGGCACAGACAGGCAAAAACCACCUGGGUCUGCUCACUCCAAAAAUCAAGGAGGAAGAGCCACAGGACGAGCAAAGCAGCUCGAUUUCCGCUGUGCUUCCAAGUAUCCUCCUGCCUGUCGAAGUCCGGGUGGUGGACGAGAACGGCAUCACUAUUGCCUCAGUGGAGUGCAAACAAGAAAAGGAGGAUGAGGACGAGGAAGAGGAAAAUCCUGAGACUGCCGAUACUGAGAUGGACUUUGACACCAAGCUCAUAAAAAGUAUUGUCGCUGACGGUGACCCUCCAGAAGCUGUGGCCAUCCAGAUGGACCCCAAUGGGCUAUCAGAGUUCUCAGAGGAACUAUACGGUGAGGCUGAAGAUGUGCCCGGGGAUUUGUUGCAGUCUUUGGAAGACCGAUUCUCCUCUUACCAAGGGCUUGAAGACAGCAUUCUGGACCGGGAAAAAGGAGACCAAGAGCGCCCGCUCUCCAGAGCUUUAUCUACAGCUGAAAGUCUCAUUCAGGAACAGGAACGCAAAGCACUUGAAAACGCCGAUGCAGCCUCUAUCCUCUUGGACAUUGUGGGGUGCAAGGAUCCCAACUCUGGUGGCGAUACUGUUGGUGACGAACCCCCCUUAAGCCACGUCCUGCCGCCUGGCGACUUCGAUGGCGAUGCCCCGUUAACCAGUGCCCAAAGAGCCGCUAGAUUCAGGAACAAGAGGAAAAUAGAGAGAGCUCAGCUGGCUAAGGACCUCAUCAAAGCCACCAAGGAAACAGGGGAGCAAAUUCGGGAUGCUCUCUAUGACCUCGACAGCAAGGAGUCGCAGCGGCGGGUGGAUGACCGCCGGGUGGCCUUCUGGUGCGCCAGGCAUAUUGCCAAAAGCAUACGGGACUCCAGCCAGACGAUGGCCACGGCCAUGCGUGACUCAGACGUAGCCUUCCAGCGGUGCAUGGAGAGCUAUACUGCCGCCUUGGAGAGGCAAACAACUCUGUUGGAGCGUAUUGCAGACUCAUUAAAUGGGCGGGUGGCUACUCCGCAGUCCUCCUCAGGGGCUUCUAGAGACGGGACGCCUGUAACGGUUGGACAAGAGAGUACCACGCCAUCUCCUUCCCAGCUGCCUAAUAAGGGGAGUCCUGGAAGCCCCCCAAAAGAGUCUCCUCUAACUGAGAAAUCAGCCUCAGAAGAAGGAAAAGACACCUAAUGGAUGGGGUGGGAUGAGACCAAAGUAGCAGAAAGCGAUAAUAGCCUGAAGACAAGGCUUGAGGGAUACUCAUCCCUCCAGAUGAUAUUGGAUUACAACUCCCAUCAGUAUCUUUUUUCUGUGUUCUAUUUUUUCCAAGUUGUGCAUUAAAUUUGUAUGCUUUUCUUCAUUUUAUGUUUUAAUUGCGUUCAUGGCAUUUUAUCAUAAGCCAUCCAUAGGGGAAAGAUAGGAGACAAGUUGACUCAGUCAGACCAAAUUGUCUUUCACCAUUGGCUGUGCUGACUGGGACUUAUGUGAUUCCAGUCUGGUAGACUAGGAGCCACGGUGGCGCAAUGUGGUAAAUCCUUGUGCCAGCUGAACUACUGUCCUAAAACUUGGCGAUUUAAAUCCGCAAGAUGGGGUGAGCUCCCGUCUGCCAGCCUUAGCUUCCCAUGCAGGGACAUGAGAGAAGCCUCCCAGCAGGAUGGUAACACAUCUGGGCAUCCCCUGAGCAAUGUCUCUGUAGGUGGCCGAUUCUCUCACACCAGAAGCUACUUGUAGCAUGAUCACUUCUGACAAAAAAAUUUAAAAGUCUGGUAGAGCCUCAAGGGCUUAACAUUUUAACACCAUUGUCUUAAAGUGUCAUUGUUUCUCUUGUGAGCAGGAAAAUAUUUGCAAAACAUCCUUAUAUGUGGACAAAAUUACCUUAGAACGUCCAUUGCAAGUACCGUACAACCCCCAUAUCCACUUGGGAUAUGUUUAUUUAUUUUAUUUACAGCAUUUAUAUUCCACCCUUCUCACCCCGAAGGGGACUCAGGGCGGAUCACAUUGCACAUAUAAGGCAAACAUUCAGUGCCAUAACAUAGAACAGAGACAGACGCAGGCACAGGCUGGCCUCGAACUCAUGACCUCUUGGUCAGAGUGAUUUGUUGCAGCUGGCUGCUAACCAGCCUGUGCCACAGCCCGGCCCCAGAUGUUGGGUGAAUACAUGGACAAUAGAGUAUCCUAAUGAACUUAAGGACUUUGAGCCCAAGAAUAGUAUAGCGGCACAGCCACUCUAAGAACACUGAUCCCCAUUUCUCAACAAAAGGGGAAUGCUGACCUAAAGGCUGCCGGUUCGAAUCCACAAGACAGGGUGAGCUCCCAUAUGUCAGCUCUAGCUUGUGGGGACAUGAGAGAAGCCUCCCAGCAGGAUGGUAACACAUCCGGGCAUCCCCUGGGCAGCGUCUCUGUUGACGGCCGAUUCUCUCACACCAGAAGCAACUUGUAGUAUGUUCUCAAGUCGUUUCUGACACGAUAAAAAAACAAAAGGGGAUAGCGGAGUCAGGAAAGACUAAAACAACUUCCCUAUGAAAAAGAAAUUAAAAAAUGCAGGCCUCCGAAGUUUCAGAAGAUGUUGAUGGACUGCAACUUCCAGAAUAGAAGUUAUAGUUCAGCAUCAAGAGAUUGGCAUGUUCCUUAAUCCUACUCUGGGUCUUCUUACCUUAUUAUUAUUUACUAAACUUGAAUCUGGAUUUUUUUAAAAAAAUAGUUUGCAGUACAAUGGCCAAUAUUGCAUCACCAGCAUUGCUGCCUUCCACUUAAUCUUCCAACAGAGUGGAAAAUAAAAGUUAAGUCAACUCUUUUGGCGCAGUUGUGACUAAUCAUCCUCCACUGCAGCAAAAAGGGCUGCUUUGUUUUAAGGUUGGAUAUUAUUUGCCAGCCUUAAUGGCACUCCAUGCAGUCAUGCCAGCCAUAUGACCUAGGAGACGUUUAUGGACAACUCCGGUUCUUCGGCCUAGAAAUGGAGAUGAGCACCAACCCUUAGUUUUGGACGUGUCUAGACUUAUUAUCAGGGGAAUAUAUUUGCCUUUACCUAUUAUUUGCCAAGAGAAUGUUUACUACGAUUUUAUUCUUCUACAAUUCUGGCAUUUUCUAUUCUAUGAUCUUCUGCUUGAAAUGCCUAGAGUGCAGAGGAGGCUUGAGAAUAUAAUUUAUUUUAAAAGUCGGCAGUGUGGUUUUAGGAGUGAUGGGAGUUGUAGUCCAACACAUCUGGUGGGCACCACGUUGGAGGAGGCGAAUCAAGACUCUCCAUUGUCUAGAUUCUUUUGCAGAGACAGCAUUUCUUGAAAUUUGAAAGCCAUGAGGGGUGAAAUGUUUGGGGGGUUUUUCCUAGGAAAAGGAUUAAGUGGAGGAUUUAUAUGCAAUACUUAUUUUUAAUUUCAAAUCCAAACUUUAGCAACAUAAAAUGCUUCCUUCAUACCGUAGGCAUAUUAGGAUUGUACUAUCUGGUGUAUUUAUGAUUUUUAAAAAAAACAAACAACAAAAAUAAAAGCCUUAAUUUUGUACAAGCAAAA